CCUCCCUCCUGCCUUUCACAUGAUUCGUAAGCUUGUAGAGAGGACAGCCUGGAAUGUGGAGAGGAGCGACGACAACGAUGGCUGAGCGGACUACAGCGUGUUUCUUUUACACGAUGGUCAUAGUGGUGACAUAUAUCCAGUCUAGUUAUGGGGUCCCUUGGACACAAGAAAAGCUGCAGCACAGAGCCACCAUGCUAACACCAGAAGAGAUCCGGACAGCUCUCUCUCACACUAACUUGGAUCAGAUGUGGCAGAGGGAUUUAAGACCGCUUCUUGUCACCAGGUACCCAGGAUCUCCGGGAAGCCAGGCUGUACAAGAGCACAUCAAAACAACCUUGGGAUCUCUGAGUGCAGGAUGGGAAGUGACAGAAGACAGGUUCAUGUCUCAGACUCCAUAUGGCCCCCUGCCCUUCACUAACAUCAUUGCCACUCUCAACCCUUCAGCCAAACGCCGCUUGGUGCUGGCCUGUCACUAUGACUCUAAGUACUACCCCCCACAGUUCCAUGGCAGGGAGUUCCAGGGCGCCACGGACUCUGCUGUGCCCUGUGCCAUGAUGCUUGAGCUGGCACGGGCCUUGGAUGAAGAACUUAAAGCUCAGAAGAGCUCCAACCCCAACCUGACACUGCAACUGCUCUUCUUUGAUGGAGAAGAGGCUCUGUUCCAGUGGACAGCCUCUGACUCUCUGUACGGCUCUCGACACCUGGCUGAAAAGAUGGAGUCUACUCCUCACCCCGCAGGAGCCACAGGGACCAACCUGCUGCAUGGCAUGGAUCUGUUUGUCCUGUUGGACCUGAUUGGUGCCCCCAGUCCUCGCUUUGGAAACCAGUUCUCCAGCACAUUACGCUGGCUCACCAGACUCCAAAACAUAGAACGCCGUCUUCACUCCAUGAACCAACUCGUGGAUCAUCCAAAUGACAUUCAGUAUUUCUGGCCAAAUGUUCCUGUAGGCCGUGUCCAAGAUGACCACAUACCAUUCCUAAUGAGAGGUGUGCACGUUCUCCACCUCAUCCCCUCUCCAUUCCCAACUGUCUGGCACACAUUUGAUGACAAUGAGCAGAAUUUGGAUCGUGCCUCCAUUCAAAACCUCAAUAAGAUCAUUCAAGUCUUUGUACUUGAGUACCUCAAUGCCAAACCAGCAGUUUCUACAAACCCAUCAAAUGCCCCAUGAAAAUCUGUAUUAGAAAAUAUACUGCACUAAAUCUAUGAACAAGAGUAUCAACAAGUACACUGAUAUACCGUUGUAGUCAAAUGUAUAUAAAAUCAAAUACUUUAAGUAACUCUAAGGCCCCAUUUUUUCCUCGUGAAGGCUUCAGUCACCAUCAUUCAGAUCAGCACACACGAUCCUCUGUGCUAAAGCUACACUGCCUUCUUUAUAGUCCCUUUUAAUGCUUAGACUAGAAAUCUAAGAGUCAAUGUUUGUAUUCCAGCCCUAUAUUAGGAAGCAUGUUCCAUAUGAGAUCUGUUAAUAUUUAGUUUAGUUUGGCUUUAAAUAUUUGUAUUUAGUAUACAAAGUAUAUGUAUAUGUUUUUAUUUUUAUUUUCUUCAUCCAGUAUAUACACUAUAUUCUCAGUUAUUUACAAAUAACAUGACUGAGUAUAUAUCUCUCAGUCUCAUCAGAAAUAGUAUUAGACUUUCAAGUGCUGGUAUUUGUGUAUCUUGCCAUAAUUAGUUUGAUCUAAAUGUGAGAGCCAGCAUAGUAUAAAGUGCCAAAGUUGAACUUCCUGUAUUUUGACUGUAAAAUAAAUGUUGAUUCAAAAA